AUGCAAUGUCCUCCAGAUGUCUACCUGAAGUUGGUAAAAGCCAGUCUGACAUUCAUUAACGAUGAAGACGAAGAUGUGAGAAAUGUGUUCCAAUCUGCCUUCAAAGUCAUUGUAUCGGAUCCGCUGCCAUCUGAGUUGAUCGAAGCUAUCUUCACGGAUCAGUUCUGUGCCGAAUAUCCUGCCGAAUGUGAACAGACUAUGACCGAAGCUUCAAAUCCUUUUCUUGUUUUGGCAGCCAGAUAUUCCAGUUGUCCAGACUUUUCCGAUCGUUGCCUUCAUCAGUUAUUCAUUCGAGCUCUGCACUUCCUCGAUUCUACGUCUGUAUUCAAUGAGUGUAAGAGAACGAUUCAAGAGUUGGCCGCUAAAGAAUUCUCUGACACACGUGACACCCGGCGUUUUUUCGCGAGAAGGAAGAGAGCAUUCUGCUCUGAUAUCGUGAACGAAAUGUUGUACUCCUCAUGGUGCACCAGUGAAGGGGAAGGCGAUAAUAUUGCUAAUGAGGAGAUCGAUGAUUUACUGCAAGUAGCUCGAGAAAUGUUCGGCUUUGAAAGCGUUCCAGGGUGA